AAGCGAAGAGCCUAUAGGAGAGCAGAGCCCAUAGGCACAACCCACAGUCCCAUAGGUGUCACUGCAUAUAAACUGUGUGAUGUGGCUGUGCCUGUCCCACCUCUCUCCACAGCCUGCCUGCCACCCACCACACCAACUGUCAAGAAUGGCCCACCAGUUCCCAGCACUCACUUCUGAACAGAAGAAGGAGCUCGCAGAAAUUGCUCAACGUAUUGUCAAGGAUGGCAGAGGGAUUUUGGCAGCAGAUGAGUCUGUGGGGACCAUGGGCAGCCGCUUAAAGCGCAUCAAUGUGGAAAAUACAGAAGAAAACAGACGCAUAUUCCGUAAUCUUCUGUUCUCAUCUGACGCCAAUCUAAAUGAGAGCAUUGGUGGAGUCAUUCUUUUCCAUGAAACACUGUACCAAAAAUCCAACAGUGGUGUUCCAUUCCCCAAAGUUCUGAAGGACCUUGGCAUUGUAGUAGGAAUUAAGGUAGAUAAAGGCACAGCUCCUCUUGCUGGGACUGAUGGAGAGACCACCACUCAAGGACUGGAUGGACUUGGAGAGAGAUGUGCUCAGUAUAAAAAGGAUGGCGCUGACUUUGCCAAGUGGAGAUGCGUGCUGAAGAUCUCAGACAAUGCACCUUCAAGCCUUGCCAUUUACGAGAACGCCAAUGUGCUGGCUCGAUAUGCAAGCAUAUGCCAACAGAAUGGGCUGGUACCAAUUGUUGAACCUGAAAUUUUGUCUGAUGGGUCACAUGAUCUCCAGAGGUGCCAAUAUGAGACAGAGAAGGUCCUGUCUGCAGUGUACGCUGCUCUCAUCCAGCAUCACGUAUAUCUUGAGGGAACGCUCCUAAAACCAAAUAUGGUUACCGGUGGACAGUCCGGUCCCCAAAAAUUCACCCCAGAGCAGGUCGCUAUGGCAACUGUUACAGCUCUGAGACGAACAGUUCCUGCUGCAGUGCCCGGUAUCUGCUUCUUGUCUGGAGGUCAGAGUGAAGAAGAGGCAUCUCUCAACCUGAAUGCCAUGAACCGCUGUAAUCUUCUACGCCCCUGGCGUGUAUCAUUCUCAUACGGCCGUGCUUUGCAAGCUUCAGCACUCUCCGCCUGGCUCGGGAAGUCAGAAAAUGAGAAGGCUUCCCAAGAGGCUUUCCUCAAGAGGGCUAAGAUUAAUGGCCUGGCAUCUCUUGGAAAGUAUGUGCCAUCUGGAUCUUCUGACGCCGCUUCUGCUGAGUCUCUCUUCCAACCAAGCUACACCUAUUGAACUUCUCUCCCGUUCUUCACUACCAAGCUUUAUUAUCUAUGGGGCUUUCUUCAAGUCCAUACACUGAGCCAUUUAUGUAGGUUGUCCAAAGCUAAAUCACAUCCUUUCUUUCAGGUGGUAUGUCUAAAACUUUAAAAGUCCAUGUAGUAGUGAUAUUUGGUACUACAUGGUAAUGAUUCCAUGCUGGGAGAAAUGAUCACGCCAAGUGAGAGGGGUGUAUAAGAGGCAUUGUGUCUGCAUAAGAUCUGAAUAUACUGUAUAUUAAACCAUCACACACUGUUGCCUUGCUGCUGUUUACAGAAUUACCAAAAUGAACUGGGAACAUGUCAUUAAAUACUUUCUGUAAAAAAACAAAA